CGGAGAAACGCGUUUUGGCCUGAGUUUGGCCCUUCGGAGGCGCCGUAGCGGGUGCUUGGCGCCGGCCUGGCUUCCGGGAGCAGGCGCAGCGGGCGCUGUGAGGAGCGCGGCGCCGGGCAGGAUGGCUGGGCACAGAUUGGUGUUAGUGCUGGGAGAUCUUCACAUUCCACAUCGAUGCAACAGCCUCCCAGCCAAGUUCAAAAAGCUGCUGGUUCCAGGGAAGAUCCAACACAUCCUCUGCACGGGAAACCUCUGCACCAAGGACACUUAUGACUACCUCAAGACUCUGGCUGGGGACGUUCAUGUUGUCAGAGGGGACUUUGAUGAGAACCUGAAUUAUCCUGAACAGAAAGUUGUAACUGUCGGACAGUUCAAAAUUGGGCUGAUUCAUGGCCAUCAGGUUAUUCCUUGGGGUGACAUGGCCAGCCUGGCACUGCUACAAAGGCAGUUUGAUGUGGACAUCCUAAUUUCAGGACAUACACACAAAUUUGAGGCAUUUGAACAUGAAAACAAGUUCUAUAUCAACCCGGGAUCAGCUACAGGAGCCUAUCAUGCCUUAGAGAACAACAUCAUUCCUUCAUUUGUGCUGAUGGAUAUCCAAGCUUCCACGGUAGUUACGUAUGUCUAUCAACUAAUUGGAGAUGAUGUGAAAGUAGAAAGAAUUGAGUACAAAAAAUCUUAAACAUGCUUUGGCUUGUCUGGUAUUUUUACCAUCUCAUUCUGGACUGCAAGUUCCAAUACUUGAUUGCUAGUUUACAGUCCUGCCCUUACUCACUAACAGCUUAAACAAUGUAGCUUCUUGGUAAUAACUUUAAAACAUCAUUGUGUUUGCUUUUCUCUCUAUGAAUUGAUUUGUAAAAUAUUCCAUUAAAGUAACUGUUUAAAUAACUGUUCCUUUAUGUUGUAAUAAACUCCACUUCGUAGAAAAACUAAGCUUUAUGAACUGGUGUUGGGGAAAAAUACUGCACCAGUUGCAAGUGCUUUCCAAAUGCCCUGUGCUCUGGUGACUUCUGAAGGAUAUUUAAUUGUAAAAGGCUUGAACAAAAAGACUGGGGGGCUCUGGGGCCAUGUGAUGUUUGCUUCAGAAUCCAGUUGAUACUUAAUUUUCUCAACCUAACAUUCCCAAUAAAAUGGAUUUACAGAUUCCGAAACUAUUGCAGUUAACUCAUAACCUACAGUAGUAAUUUCACUGCAGAAAGUUUAGUCUUUUUAUAAUCAAAGCAGUUUCAAAUACCCCUAUGCUUUAAUGAAUGAUGGUCUCAUUAAAUCUAUAAAUGA